AGCGUUGAUUUUUAAUUAUAUAUAACUGAUAGUACUCACUGAACACGAAUUAAACAGGAAUGAUUAUUGCACGCCAACCUGAAUAAAAUUUGGUCUUGUUUGAGCCCUGCUUGUCUUCUCAAUCCAACAGCUGAUCAAAAUCAUAUACGUUUCCAGCUUUAUCCUUUACUAGUAGUAUUUUUUUCCUUUUGAAAACCCUAGUUGUCUUCUUCUCUGCAGAGAGAGAGAGGGGAACAAAGAAUGGAGACACCAGGGGAUUGGCUGGAGAAAGCAUUGGUGGAAUUGUGUGACAAGAUGGAGACGGGUUUGGGUUUGGAUUUGGAUGGGGAAAUCAUAUCUGGUUUAGUCUCUUAUUGCGAGAUGGCUCAGCCCCUUGAUGCCAAAGAAUAUCUUGAUAAUUUUAUUGGCCAGGAAGCAGGAAAAAGUGUGACUGAGGAGUACUUGCGGCGGAGAGGUCACACAGAUCCCUGCAGUGGCAGUUCAGCCAUACCAACUUCAAAAUUACAAGCCUAUGUCAAACCACCUUCAGGUGAAAGCUCUGUCAGUGGAACUAAGAAACAAUUUAAAACUCCAAAAGAGGCCACAGGGUCCAGUCAUCAGGCUGAACCUAAAAAGAAUGCUAUUUCUGGUACUCAGGAAAACAGAGCCCUGAAUGCUGCUAUCGAUUCAAGAAAUAAUCAUAAAGGAAACCAAGGUAAUUCUAAAAAGAAGAAAGCUGGUAAAGUUGUUUCACUUGCUGAGGCAGCCAAAGGGUCAAUUGUCUUUCAGCAGGGGAAACCAUGCUUGUGCCAAGCUCGUCGGCACCGACUGAUUAGUAACUGUCUUUCCUGUGGUAAGAUAGUAUGUGAGCAGGAGGGAGAGGGGCCUUGCAAUUUCUGUGGUGCUCUAGUGCUUAGAGAAGGGAGUACAUAUGCCGGUUUAGAGGGAAGCUUCACUCCCUUAUCAGAUGCUGAAGCAGCAGCUGAAGCUUAUGCAAAAAGGCUUGUUGAAUAUGACAGAAACUCUGCCGCUCGAACAACAGUUAUUGAUGACCAAAGUGACUACUAUGAGAUUGACAGUAACAGCUGGCUGUCAAAAGAGGAGAAGGAACUUCUGAAGAAGAAACAAGAGGAGAUUGAAGAAGCUGAGCGCUUGAAACGGAGUAAAGUGGUUGUGACUUUUGAUUUGGUUGGGCGGAAGGUCCUAUUGAAUGAAGAUGAAGUUUCAGAACUAGAAUCAGAGAACAGGAUACUUCUUCGGCCACCAGAUGAAAGAGAAAUGAACAGGAUUAAACCUAAUCCAAACCUUAGAGUGCAACCAGUCUUUCUAAAUCCAGCCCCCAGCAAGAAACCUUCUAAGAGUAAACAGCCAAGUAAGAGCCCAGCCAAUGGCUUGUGCUUGGAGAUUACUGGAAGGGUGCAGCAUGACAGCAAUGAACUGAAGUAUUUUAUGACGGAAAAACAGAUAGAAGCAGCUUGACAUGGAAGCUUAGCAAGGACGCUCUAGUAGACAACUAAAGGGUGGUCUGCAGGCAGCAGAUGAUGGUGAAUAUUCUCUAGAUUACCAUUUAGAUCAAUAUCUCGCUUUACUGCAAUGUUUAUUUCAAUCCUCUAUAUAUCUGUCGUUGAUGAAUGGAAACCACAUUUUGUUUUUCAAAUAGUAAAUCAAUGAAAUAGCCCUGGGCUUUUGGGAAAGGAAAUUAAAUGAA